AAUUUUACCGUUUUAAUUGCAUAGUGAUACCACAGUCCACAGUGGGUAUGAGCACACAUAGGUUACUUGCGGUUUGAUACCAAGUACUCUGCAGUAUCUCUCUCGAGUGAUAUAUUUGGCAAAUGAGUUAAUGUUUCACCUUUCAAGAUGAUGUCCAAACUGAAACGAAAUAAAUCAGAGAUAGCGCGUGAACCAGCACCGUUGAGGGGAAUGCCAGCGUUAAAGCAAAUGAGAUCUUCACAGAGAACCGAGGCCUUAUGGCCGAAAUUAGACCCUACGAUCUCACACCCGUCUCUCAGCGAGUUUGACCGAACUGGUAUACGUUCUAAUGGACAGGAAAUGAAAUACAUAGGCCCACCGCCAAGCGCCCCGAAACAGACUACCAAUCACGCCCGAGCUUCAACAGCCCCAAACAUGAAUGUAAACAAGAUGCACAAGAUAACCAACGGAGUCCAAAAAUCCAACGGACACGCCAUUCAAGUUGAACAUACAAACAAUGGAUCGUUUAAAAACGGAAGGAAAGCGAAAACAAACGGCAAGGACCAGCUUUCUUCCAAGUCGUCGGAGUCGAGCACCGAUUCGUCAAAAAGCAGGACAACUAGCAAUAACAUUGGUCGAGGGUUACUCUCUGUGAAGAAAGAAAGACAGGCGAGUCGGGAUAUGCACGUAACUUCAAGCAUGAGAGCACUGACGCCGAAGGAACGUGAAUCAAUUCGUUUCUUAGACGACGUACUUAAGCUGGACGACGAAUGGCAAAUUAGUAGCGAGGGUGAAGACGACAAAGUGUUUGAAGAAACCUCCACGUCAUCAACUUCUACUCUCGGAACAAAUGAAGAUGAAAGCGACACAAGUAGUGUUGGGAGCAUCAUUGAUCUCGUUGGAAAUCUCUCGGAUGUUUGCCUCUCAUCUUCCUCCUCCCCUCGAUCUUCGGAGCACAGAUCAUCAUUUUCGUCUUCCUUUAAGAGAAACAGCAACAACAACAACAACAACAACAACAACAACGUUGAUGUAGGUCUUUACGAAACAAUUGAUGAUACGAAAGUAGAAAAGAAACACACACAGCCGCAAAAGGAGUCUUCAGUAAAAUCGAUUGACAGAAACGAAAGAGUUGAUAACGAACCUGUUUACAGUGUUGUUAAUAAACCGAAAAAGACCAAAAAGCAGCCGCCGCCUACUGCACAGAAACCAACAAAACAUCAAACUAGUUCACAAAAUGAAAACCAGGAUUUACAUCAAGGUUCUUAUGAAGAUAAACCAACCGCAAAAAGUAGCAGAGAGUUUUGGAAUAAUAUUAACCGAGACAGCGACGGACAAGAUUCACCAAAAUUUCAGGAGAGCAAGACCAAAGUAAAUGUCUUGCCUACAUCUCCGGUAAAGCCAAUUAAACUGCGCCAUGUUGAAAGUCCUGGCGAAACGCGACCCAAAAACUUUGUAGUGGAUCCGCAUAAACAGAAAUCGGCACCACCAGUUGCAGAAAAACAGAAAAAGCCAAAAAACAAAAUCAAUCGCUUUCCCGAUUCAAACAAUUCAAAUAUUGAUAACCUCGGCUUAAAAUUGGACAAUUCUGGUAACUUAACUGGCCGUGAUCCAGCCAGCGCUGUCAUAAUUCCUGGCAGCGAUCCGGGAAGCCACCCGCGGGACUUGAACCAUGAACCCAUGAUUGCUGUUCCGAGACAGACGACACUGUACAACAACAGUCCCACUAAUCCCAAUCGGCCAUUCGUCGUCACACCGGCCACGCGAGUCAUUUCUUGGAGCUAAAGUUUCAAAGAAAGAUUGAAAUCUCAGACAUGAACGGGGAACAGGACACAGCUACUGUCUGUAUUACGUCAACAGCUUAUUUUACACGAAAAGUUACAAAGAUAUAAGAACUCUUAUUGGCUAUUAUCAAAUCCCUAACGGGCAAAUUAAUUGAAAGAUUAAAUGAAUCUAAAAGCUGACUUCUCUACACUAAUGCUCUUUGGCGCGUGCCAUUUUUUUUCCUUAUGGAGCUUCCUAUAACAUGAAAAACAAUGUUACACAGAGAAACCGUGGGUCCUUGCUUCUAAGACAUGGUGCAAAGAAUACGAAAAAACGAACCUCAUUACAAAUUUCUUCCGCGCCAGUUUCUCAUGGUGCUCUUUUACGCCCCUGUGUGUGUUUCUUCCUAUUCUAUAGCACUUAUUUUUUCACAAUUCUGCCAUUUAAGUUCCAGGUUUAAGCCACGAAAGCCACCUGCAGAAUUUGUAUUGGCGUCACAAACGUUGUAUAAUAAACUUACGUGCGGUUUACUGAUUUUGAUGGUUUAAAUGAAUGUAAAUUAUAGUACGGUGGAGAAAGACGGGACACCUUUUUACUCUAUUUUCUCGUCCCUUUGGUAGUAAACAAAGAACAUUCAAAAAUUUAUAAAACCGCAUCUUCAUGACUUCCAUAGAUCGUUGUUAAUUAUUUAAAACACGAUCAGGAUAUUUAGAUACCAUGUGCUAAAGGUGUCGCGUCCCCCCACACUACUAUAUAUAAUUGCAGAAAAUAUUUUUAAAUGCGUUGAUAAAAAAAAGAACUGAUGUUUCUAACUUCCACAUAAUGAUUUUUACAACUGCAUAGCUUUGUACUUGCGUUGCUGUGUUGUUUGUAUUAUUUUAGCUUUCCGCAUGUUUCUUAAUUGCACCACUCGAUGUUUCAUUUAUGUUUAUUUUCGAUUUGGAAUAAAGUGAAUAUAACCUAAGCGUAAAAAAA